AUGAAAUAUGGUUUUGUGGGUCAUCUGACAUUCCAAUGUAGAAACUUUUUGAGCAUCAAGGAGGAUAAAGAUAAGGACCCCAUAGCUAUUCAGGCUGCUGUUAAUGCUGGUUUAGAGAAGCUAAAAGGAAAUGGAAAGAUAACAAAUGAGAGUUCAGAUGAGAGUGACGAAGAGGAGAGUGAGAGUUCAGACUCAGAUUAUGAUUCAGAGAUCGAGCAGGCGGUUGCUCAGAGGUAUGUGAAGAGGCUGAGUAGUAAAUCAAAGUCACUGAGAGAAAAGAAACAUGAUGAUUCUGAUGAAGAUGAGUUGGAUUAUGAGAAAAGAAAAAGGGGUAGGUCGAGAAGUACAACUGAUAGUGACGAUGAAAGAAGUGUGAGGAAAAGGAAGAAAGAGAAAAAGAGAAGAAAGAAUGACGAGUCAUCUGAUGAGAACUGGGAACGACACUCACAUCGGAGGAAGAGUAGGAAGGAGAAGAGGAGGAGUCAUAGACAUUCAGAUGAUUCAGAUAGCUCUGAAGACUCGGUGAGAAUGCAUAAAAGGAAGAGUAAGAGCAAGAGAAGGUCUGAUUCUGAUUCAGAUGCCAGCGUGGAUUCGCAGGUUGGCAGGGAUAAAAGAGCAUCUGAGAGGAGGAACAGGAAAUAG